AUGGAUAGUCGCAACUAUAUGAGCCCCCGGCGGCUACUUCGAGCUUGCUGGAGAUCUGAAGAGAGUGGCCUUAAGGACCACAUCACGCACGCCCAGCUGAGAGAACAGAGACCCCGAGUCAGAAACUCCGGAACAUUGCACGACACGGAACGAGCAAUCGCAACCACGGACCCAGAAGCUCGUCUCUGCAGACUCGAGAUCAUCAUGUCCCGAAUCGACCGGAUCUCCAAGGAUUUAAGAGGGUGCUUUACCUGCACAAACGGUAAACAGAUUUUGGGGUCCCAAGCAAUGAGCCGGCGAUCAAAGAACCUCAUUGAGGAAGGUGGGUACCGCCGUGAAUAUAGCUACGAGGAGUGGUGCUUGUAA